AUGACCCUGAUAGCAUCAUUAAAUCGAGCUAUGGAGUUUUUGGAUGAUUUCAACGAAGAGCAAGACGGGCUUGAGGUAUCACUACGUUUAGAGGAUCUCAACGAGCUUCGACGACAAUUGGAAGAGGUACAAUGCACGCUAGAAGAGAUGGAAAUGAGCGAAGAAGACAUUCAGAAGUUCCAUUAUCUUAGAGCAGCAGUGAAGGGUGAAGCAGCUCAAUUAAUCGAAUCCGUUGAUAUCAGUGCCGCUGAUUAUGCCAGUACGUGGGACACCUUAGUAAAUCGCUACUCAAACGAAUAUCUAAUGAAGAAGAGACGUCUACAAGCAUUGUUUGAUAUACCCCGCAUGGAACGGGAAACCGCAGCAGAUCUUCACGCGAUUGUAGACGUUUUCGAGAGGCAUGUCAAAGGAUUGAACCAAAUGGGAGAACCAACUGAGGCAUGGAGCACAAUUUUGGAGCAUUUAUUAUGCACGCGGCUCCACGAUGACACUCUUAAAGCUUGGGAAGAUCAUGCGUCAACAAUUAACCAACCGACAUACAAAAAUCUCGUCGAUUUCCUGCACAGAAGAAAUCGUGUUCUAGAGUCCAUCUCAGUAAAUCAUCAACAGACACCACCAACCUCACUUGUAUGCUCUCAGGUGUCAACGUCAAAACCUGUAGGUCAAGGAAAUCGGCCCAAUUCCACUCACAGUAGCUCAAUGCUUAAAUGCCAUGCUUGCGAUCAACGACAUCCUCUUUUGAAAUGUUUCAAAUUCGGUAAAAUGUCAAUUGACGAGCGAUUAAACGUCAUUAACUCAAAACGAUUGUGCUUGAACUGCUUCCGUAGCACUCAUUAUGCCAGAGACUGUCCUUCGCCAGACAAUUGUCGCGUCUGUGGAAGGCGUCACCAUACCAUGAUUCAUCCGGCUUAUGAUGAAAACUACUACCGAGUUGCCCAAGACCCAAGGUCAUAUAGGUCGGAACAGGCGAAUCAGGCCUAUGUACAUGCUACUCAAUGUGAACAAGACACUGAGGAUCCGGUUUUAACUGCUGCUACUACUACCAACCAAAUCGAUAAAAUAUGUUGCUAUCCAGUAAAGAAACGUGCGACGAAUAUAGUUUUACCCACUGCGAUAGUAAUAAUCGUUGAUUGUUAUGGAAAAGAGCAUUUCGCGCGGGCGAUUCUCGACUCCGCGUCGCAAGCCAAUUUGAUAACUGAAAAUAUGGCUCAACUUUUACGACUUCGGCGCACUAAAACAAACAUGAUUGUGAGCGGGGUUGGGAAUAAUACCAAGCUGGUAACAGAGUCUGUCACUACAGAAAUCCGUUCCAGAAAGAAACACUUCGUAACCAACAUAAAUUUUAUUGUCAUGGAGAAAAUUAUUCCGAAGUUACCCGGUCAAAGCUUUUCCAUUGACCACUGGAAAAUUCCGAAGGAUUUAUUCCUAGCUGAUCCCGAAUUCAACAGAAGCAGCACAAUCGAUCUACUGAUAAGUAAUGAACAUUUCUUCACGUUUUUCACGUCCGCUGCCAGAUUACAACUUUCCGAGUCGUUGCCACCUUUGGUCGAUAGCGUUUUCGGAUGGGUCGUGUCGGGUCCCGUGAAUGCCAGUGAGGUUCCAAGUAAAGUGCUUUCGUGCAACGUACUCGCCACGUCAGUGGAAUCGCUCGAGGAAAAGCUGGAAAGAUUCUGGAAGAUGGAAGAAUUGUUAGUUAGAUCCGAUUAUUCGCCACAGGAGAAGGAAUGCGAAAAAUUCUACUCUCGAACAGUCUCUCGAAUGCCGAACGGACGGUAUAUAGUUCGACUGCCACGACAUUCUAAUUUCAACAUGAUGCUAGGUAGUUCGAAAGAAACGGCCAAAAAACGGUUUGAAUUGCUUGAGCGAAGGUUGGCUAAGAAUUCAAAAUUGAAGCAAGAUUAUCAUCAAUUCAUGGAGGAGUAUCUUGCUCUCGGGCACAUGCGUAUCAUUGAAGACGAGGAACUCGAGCCACCGAGUUUAUGUUAUCUGCCACAUCACCCCGUCAUCAAGGCAUCAAGCACUACCACUAAAGUAAGGGUGGUAUUUGAUGCAUCGGCAAAAACUACGUCUGGGCUCUCACUCAAUGAGGCAUUACUCGUAGGUCCCGUAGUACAAGAUCCUUUGAUUGCUAUUAUACUGCGAUUUCGAACGUAUCCCGUGGCUUUAGUAGCUGAUAUCGAAAAAAUGUACCGCCAAGUUUUGCUGCAUUCUGAAGACACCGCAUUACAACGUAUUUUUUGGAGGUUUCAAGCGAACCAGCCGAUUAAAACAUGUGAAUUGCUAACCGUAACGUACGGAAUGGCACCCUCUUCCUUCUUGGCCACGCGGACACUUCAGCAACUUACUAAGGAUGAGGGACUUGCUUACCCGCUCGGGUCCAACGCUUUGCAAAAGGGUUUUUACGUCGACGACUUCAUCGGAGGAGCGGCGACGACUGCAGAAGCAAUAACCUCGGUAGCUGCAAAGGCUCCGCAGGGUGUCCUCAAGUUGAUCGAUCCAUCUUGCACCCUACGGGUCUCUCCUUUUUAUACCGGUCAGAUAACUUUCGAGGACCAUUUGGCUCCGACCACCAUAAGUGCCGACUUUGGUUGUUUGGACGAGGGUUUGUCCUCCCAGUAA